UACAAUGGCUGCCACGACUAGCGAGGUUGAAUCGAGUCAACAGAAUGUGACAGAGAAUUUAAUCAAAAAUUCAAAAAAUAAAUUGCGCUCUACUUCUGAACAUGUCAUAAGAAAAAGAUUGCCUCCACGAUUACCGAAGAGCAACAAAGAUAUCUAUGUUACUAAUAAAACAAGCUUCAAGGCUCAGCUUAGCAAAUGUGAAAAAUUAUUAGACUCUGGUGAAUCAGAACUUGUCAUUCAUGGUCUCGGUGCGGCGGUGAACAGAGCAUGUAAUUUGGCAUUGCAAUUGAAAGAAAAUCACUAUGGAACUGUAGAUUUGGAUAUAAAUACCUCUACUGUGGAUAUAAUUGACGAUUUUGAGCCACUGACAGAUGAUGUUGACUAUGAGGUGAAUAGAAGACAAAACUCAGCCAUCCAUAUUCGUGUCUUCCGUACCGCAUUGAUUGGGAUGUUAAAAUGAUCGAAUUAUAAUAAUAUAAGUGAGUUUCUUUUACAUCCAAGAGAGUCUUUAGGUGUAAUUAAUAUUGUGAGAUAAUGAACAAACUGAAUUGUGUUGAGUGAAA